UGGAAAGCAUCAAAUCAGUAUUAUACGUUUCACCCGAAAUUAUUGUGUCGUGAAGCAGCGAACGUUGACGACAAACCAAGUGUUCUCGAAAUGGAACACAAUUAUUUGCUCAAACAUCGUGCCGCACAGCAAUGGCCUGCAGCGAUGUCACAGUCAACACGUGGAAGGUUGUUCUGUGUUAUUUUCAUUUCAUUCACAUAA